AUGGAAGUUAAUCCUGCAAAUGCCAGUAAUCCUGUUGCUUCAAUGCAAAAUAUUAGCUUUUUUCCAGCUGAAAAAGAAAUUCUUUUCUCAAUGAAUAUGUAUCUGGAUAUUUAUUUAAACAAACUUCCAGAUUGUGAUCAAGAUCUUUCUGGUAUUUAUCUGAAUAUUGGUCAGACUUAUCAAGGUCAAGGUCAGCAUGAUCAGACAUUAGAAACAUUUCAAUAUGUUCUCAAUAAAGCUCUUCAAUUACGUCAAUCUCAAUAUAAAUUAAUGAGUACUCUUUAUUGUUCUAUUGAAGAAAUUUUAUGUUAUCAAGAAAAAUUUGAUGAAGCACUCAAGAACUAUAAUGUUUCACUAAAAAUUCGUCUUGAAAAUUUUUCAUCAAUUGAUCCUUCAAUAGCAGAAACUAAUAUUGGUAUUGGUGAAGUAUAUGAAUUUAUGGAAGAUUUUAAUCAAGCUUUUAUUCAUUAUGAAAAAGUACUUGAAAUACAACAAAGAUCUCUUCUGUCUGGAAAAAAUGCACUUCAAAUUCAAGAAAAAUUUCUUUCAAAAGAUUCUCUAGAAUUGGAAUUCACUAAUAAACUUCUUGGUGAUGCAUUAAAGUUAAUGAAAGAUGAUCCACGUGCACUUUCUUAUUAUCAAAAGGCAAUUGAAAGUGAACAAAAAGCAAUACCAUCUGAUUAUCUUUCGAUUCACGAAAUUUAUUAUGAAACAGUAAAAACACUUGAUCAUCUUCAGAGAUAUAAAGAAGCUAUAGAAUAUGCUGAACAAACAUAUCAUACAAGAUGUGACACACUCGGGUCUCAACAUCCAAAUGUAACUGAGAUACAAGAAUAUGUUGAUAAACUCAAAAAAAAAAAUUGA